AUGGUCGAGAAGAAAGAUUCAGCUGGCCGGUUUAAUGGACAACCGAGCCAUGGCGGGCCGAGGUUUAUUAGGACGCUGGGCUCGCAGUCAUUAAGUGGUCUGAAUCCUUUAUCCAAUGCGCAGCAAGGGGUUUCUCAGCAACAACAACACCUAAGCCAUCAUUCUCAUAACGUUACAGACUCAGACUCUCCCAGUAUUCAAGAUUCCGGGAUUCCUAUCACAUCCGCUUUGAUCAAGAAGGAGUCACCUAGUCAUGCGGUUUCUGGUAUACCGUCUAACUCAAACAGUAUUAAUAACAAUAGUAAAAGCAAUUCCAAUAAUAAUCCAUCCAGUGUUUUUAGCAGCAGAAAUAAUACAUCGAUACAACAAUUGCAGCAGGGCCCAUCACCUACACUGUCGAAUUCAGAGUCGCCCGUAAACGCGUCCCUUUUAUCGUCUAUCACUACACCGUUGUUGCAUCAAACUGGUUCGGCAAGCCAUCCGCCAUCUAAUACGGGGUCCAGUACCAAUGGGACAACAACUCCUUCGUAUCGUGUGGCUCAAGCGUGUGACAGAUGUAGAGCCAAGAAAAUUAGAUGUGAUGGUAAGAGGCCGCAGUGUACACAGUGUGCUGCGGUUGGUUUUGAAUGUAAAAUUAGUGAUAAGCUAAGCCGUAGAGCUUUCCCAAGAGGAUACACAGAAACGUUGGAAGAACGAGUAAGGGAACUUGAAGCUGAAAAUAGAAGGUUGGUAGCUCUCUGCGAUUUGAAAGAAGAGCAAUUGCAUUUGGUAUCGAAAUAUAGUAACAGCAAGGACGAAAACGGAGUAGAGAUUCCAUCCACCGAAGAAGAACAAAUUUUGCAUGAACUCUCUAAGACCAAUGGCGGUUCCCUAAGAGUCAGUUCCACGAACUUAUACUUACUUAAUAAGAAAGCUUCGCCUGGUGAUGAUAGUCAUAUUGAGUCAUCAGAGCCAUCUAUACCAGUUCGCAAAGUGGCAAUCACUGCGCCUUCACCACGCAUCAUGUCGCCAAGAAACAGUGUUGCGGAUUCUGAUCCAUCCCAAACUAAUACCGGUAAUAACGACCAUAUUCAUUCCAAUAAUAAUAACCACAAUCAAAACAAUAGUACUGAUCCUUACGGAAUUUCUUUCGAACAAAAUGAAGCGCCAGGUCUUCCCGCGCUAAAAGCUCUCUCAUCUUUGUCGAAGUAUAAGCAAGGAACUCAGUUGGCCACAUUGGUCGCCGUUUCAGUGCCUAGAACAACUGAAGAAAUUCUCUUCGUUCCUCAACUUUUGGCACGUAUCGGUCAAAUUCAUGGUUUUACUUCAAAACAAUGCAUAUAUACCGCAUCCGUCCUAGCAUCCUUAAAAGAAAACAACAUCUCUUCAAUUCCACCAGAGUUAGAAGUGUUGAAAAAUCAUAACCUAUGGGAAAUUGACGAUGUCUUGCAUUUCUGGAAGAACGUGUUCAAGUUGGAUUUUAUGACACAUACUGCCGUGGACCAUUCCUCUACUCAUUUAAAUUUUGCCGAAGUCGAAGAAUUGAUGCAACUCUUUUUUCAGGACUGGUACGAGCUAAUUCCUUUGUUCGAUAAAAAUGAAUUCAACUCAUACUAUGAAAAGUUCAAGCUGAACGUAACUGACCCCAAUUUCUUUGUCAGAAAAGAUGACACUGUUUUCAACAACCGCACUAGAUCUAUUUCCUAUAAAAUCUUCUCCUGUUUGUUGAUUAUAAUAGUUCAAAUGGGCAUGUUAUCUAAGAUCAAAAGAGACAAGAUAACAUCUGGUAAAUUGAGUACAUUAAUGAAGUACUAUGAUAAGCUAAUGACUCAUAUUUGGAUCAAUCCGUACUUCAAUUCGAGAAAUACUUCCAUUCAGGUUUUACAAUGUCUUUCGAUGCUAUUAUUUUAUAUGCUAAAUGUUGGAGACAUUUCUUCCAUUUACGAACUUCGUGGAAAAGUUGUUUCAAUGUCACAACAACUAAGGUUACACAGGUGUCCUAGUGCUGUACUAGGUGGUGAUGGUUCCACUGUCUCCAAAGUACAGCAAGGUGAAAGACGUAUCCUCUUCUGGAGUAUUUAUUACUUGGAUGUGUUUAGUGCUCUUCAACUUGGUGUCCCGAGGUUGCUCAAAGACUUUGAAAUUGAAUGCGCUCUGCCAGUAACUAGUGACGACGACAGACAGGUCAAUUUGGCGGGCCAAAUGAUCGCAUUAGAAGGUAAAGUGUCUCAGUUUUCUUUGUCUGUGAUAAGAUUUGCCAAAGUUAUGGGGAAUAUUUUAGAUUCAACGUUCAAGAGAGGCAUGACUACAUCACUGACUAAACAAGCAGCUUUGGUGCAUGAGAACGCCCUUGAUAAUUGGAGACAUGGUUUACAGAAAGAUCUCUUUUUCCAAUUAGAUGUUAAUGGCACGAUUAAUAUGGACGAAUUCAAUCAACAAAAGCAAUACUCUAAAUCACUUUCACCACGCACUGCCGCUUUUACUCACAAUUCCUUGGUGUUAAUGACGUUGUAUUUUAUGGCUAAAUGUAUGAUUCACCUACCGGUCGUGGCUACCAAGCCACUUGUUGCUGAGGCAAUUCAAACCCCAACCGAUAAUCAAACUGAAAACGGAUCGGUUGACAGAUCUCUGUCAUCAUAUGUCCUAUUACAGCAAGCGACCAAUACGCUCCUAAACGUUUUGACAGCGUUGAACUCUAUAUAUCUGCCGUUACCUAUAAAUUUGGCAAGAACCAAGACUCGUUUUGGUUUAUUCAGCGCACGUGGCUCGUUGGAAUAUACCAAAGGUGGUGCAUUAUUCCAAGACAACAAAGCCUUAUUACUAGACUUAGUAAAAGAACUGGAGACUGAUAAGAAAUUAGAACUACCAGGCAAUACAAGCUGGCAUAGCUUGAAACUAUUUGAUCUCUCGAUUAACUUGAUCUUGCAACCUGUCAAUUCAAAUCCAGAGAAGACAGAAAAGAUGAUACAAAAGAAAAUUAACUACUACAACAAGCUAAUGGGGCAGCCUACUGUUGCCGUUAAGCGUAAACGAGACCCGAAGGCUACAGAAAAUACAUCAAAAAAAGUUAAGGUUGAAGAUGAUCAUAGUCAGGACAAUCUGCACAACAUUACUACUGGCGAGACCACUGAUACUGUCCACUCUGAAGAGUUAGUCAAGGACGUACCCAAAGAAUUGAAUGUUUAUCCUGAAAACUACACUACAAUUGAAGAAGCGUUCCAAAUGGAUCCAGUAUUGAACACUAAUUUGUUCAGUAACACCGAUCUCAAGACUUUGUUCAAUUCAGGUAUCUUUGAAAAUGCGGGCAGCAUCCAUAACAACAUUAAUGACAAUAACAAUAAUAAUAAUAAUACUAAUAAUACUAAUAAUAAUAAUGGUUCUAGUAGGAACAUUCACAAUCUUGGUGCAGGCAUUGAAGACAUAGACCAUGGGAUGAGCUUGAGAAGCAAUGACGCUUCGUUGUUGAAUCUUUCUAAUGCACUCGGUAAUCAUGGAAACAGUGCUGAGGGGAUGAAGGAUGGCACAAGUGUGUCGAAUUUAUUGAAUUUAAGUACCAGUGACAGUUUAUUCAAAGUACCUAGCAAUGGAGACUUUUUGAAGGAUUAUUACAUUAACAAUAUGAGUAACACAGGACUAUCUAACCUGCACACUUCUUCUGUGAACAAGGGUCCUUCAUUAUCACAGUUGGGCUCUCUAUUCAUGUCGAGUGGGUCGGGAACAAAUUUACCAUAUAGCAAUGUACGUGGAGAAUCGAAACACCCAUCUGGGGUAAAUCUGAACAAACAACGUGCCCAACCUGCAAUGGAUGGUUUCUCAUUUGCUGCAGAUGCAUCACUCGGGCUAGCACCAUUGCUAGCCUGGUCUCCGGACGCUAAACCUCAAUUGAAUAGUAACAAUGGGAAUGACGGUUUGAACCCUGCGACAGGCAUUGUACUUGAAUCUGGCGACAAUGAUUCUACUAAUGCAUCAGUCGUUCAAUUACAACAGCACCAACAGCAGACUCACCACCCUCCCUCCCACAACAGCUCAUCUAUUCCAAUGGGAAAGCAAUCCAGCACAUCAGAUCGUCAAAACAGCCAUCAUCAAGAUAAUGUUGGAAGUUUCCAUUCCAUGCAUUCUCCGACUAUUCCAGAGCAAACCUCUGCACAGGGAUUGCAUCAACAUCAGAUGCUUGGCAUGCCUAACAGCACACUAAACUCGGAUACCAAUACCGGUGGUGCUAAUGUUACAAAUAGUAUUUCAAGCACCAAUCGCCGUGGACCAAGACGCCGUUGGAAUAACGCUGCAUCAUCGUCAGACCCUAAUUCUGCUGGUGAUUCAUCAGUGUCCGAUUUGCUGCGCUGGCAAAAUGGAAAUUGA